AUGGCUGCGGCCGCGGCGGGUGGCUCUUCUUCAGCCGCCUCUGCCUCCGCCGCCGCCGCCACAGGCACCGGCUCGUCCUCCAAGCCUCCGCCGACCCCGCCGACCCCCAGGGAGCACCCAGCGCCCCGCCACCCGCCGCAGCUGAGGAAGCGGGGUGACUCCCGACGCCGACAGGCCGCUCUCUUCUUCCUCAACAACAUCUCGUUGGAUGGCCGGCCCCCCAGCCUCUUCCCUGGCGGCGAGAAGCCCCCGCCUCAGACUCACGAUGAGAAUGCGUCCGGACAGGCGGCGGCGGCCGGGGAGUCCCCAGCCGGGCACCCGCUGCCUCCUGCCGUCGGACAGUCCCGUCCCGGGGCCCCCAACGGGCCUCCCCCAGCCCCGGCCCUGCUCUUGCAGCUGCCCAAGGACAGCCCCCUGCCGCCGGCCCGCGGCGAAGCCGAACCCCCGGGCGCUCGAGGCGGCGUCUUUCUGCCUCAGCUACUGCUGCUCGGAGGUCAGCUGGGCUCGCCCGCUCCGCUCACCGCGCCCCCCGCCGCCGCCGCCGCCGGGGCCGCCGCCGCCGCGGGUAUGUCCGGGCUGGGGGGCAAAGGCGCCCCCCCGACACCACAGGGGCUCCUCAGCCCCACGCAGACCAGCACUGGCUUCACCUUGGAGGUUCAGCGGCAAAGAAGGCGUUUUAUCUCCCAGCGCUGUUCUCUAGAAUUUUUAGAAGACAUAGUGGAAUAUGCCACUGUACAAAGAACCAAACACAUAUCUGGAUCACCAAGACACAAAGGCUUGAAGAAGACUCAUUUUAUUAAGAACAUGAGACAAUAUGACACAAAAAAUAGCAGGAUAGUUCUGAUUUGUGCUAAAAGGUCCUUGUGUGCAGCGUUUUCUAUUUUGCCUUAUGGAGAAAGCAUUCGGAUCAGUGACAUGAAGGUAGAAAGCCAGAAACAGAGGCACCCAUCUGGUGGGGUUUCAGUGUCUUCUGAGAUGGUCUUUGUAUUGGAAGGAGUUGAGCUUGGUGCUGAUGGAAAGGUAGUAUCUUAUGCAAAAUUUUUGUAUCCUACAAAUGCCCUUGUCACACAUAAGAGUGAUAAUCACACUGCAGCAUCUCAACCUCGAUCUAGCGUUCCACGGCCUCUGCCUGGAUCACGAUACAAAUCUUCAACAACUAAAUCUGUGCCAUCAGGCACAGAAUUAGGGAGUGAAACAGGUGAUUCAAUAGAAUAUAAUCCUAAUCUUCUUGAUGAUCCUCAGUGGCCCUGUGGGAAACAUAAGCGUGUUCUUAUCUUUGCAUCAUAUAUGACUACUGUGAUAGAAUAUGUGAAGCCUUCAGACCUUAAAAAGGACAUGAAUGAAACUUUUAAAGAGAAGUUUCCUCACAUUAAGCUUACGUUGAGUAAAAUUAGAAGCCUAAAACGGGAAAUGAGGAACCUCUCUGAAGAAUGCAACCUCGAACCAGUUACCGUGUCAAUGGCAUAUGUUUACUUUGAGAAGCUUGUCUUACAAGGCAAGCUAAACAAACAGAACCGAAAACUGUGUGCUGGUGCUUGUGUGCUCCUCGCAGCAAAGAUCAGCAGCGACCUCAGGAAAAAUGAAGUAAAGCAGCUUAUUGAUAAGUUAGAAGAACGAUUCCGAUUCAACCGAAGAGAUCUAAUUGGAUUUGAAUUUACAGUGCUUGUGGCUCUGGAACUGGCCCUUUACCUUCCUGAAAACCAAGUUUUACCUCAUUAUAGACGUCUCACCCAGCAGUCCUAGCCAAAGCUGUGUUCCACCAGUUGGCAGGAAGAUUUACAGAAUGCUUUGCUGCUGAAUGACUUCCACUUCCCACUAAUCUUUUCUGUGCCCCUAUUACAUCAGAACUUUCAGUUAGUUAAAAUAUAUGUUCUCAUAGUGGCAUAGUUGAGUAUUUGUUGGGUGAAAACAGAUUUGCUGGCACAGAAAGGAUUAUUUCCUUUACACACUAAAGCACAAGUAAUUCAUGCUGUAGUUAUCACUGUGGCUGUUCAUUCUUCCCUUCAAAGGAUAUUAUGCUUUUGUUCCUUUGAAAGAUAUUUAUCCUUUUUUUACUUUUUAAAAAUGAACAUUAUUUCCAUUCCAAAAUGUCAUACUUCAAAUGGUAUUUGAAAUUUUUCCUGCAUUUUUUUACAUGAACAAAAUGCACACUUUUUUUUUUAAUGUGCCUGAAACUGGUCUGGUACCAGAAUCUUUUUGUUGCAUAAGUUAUAAAUUCUGAAAUUAUAUAGUGUUUUAUCCUUAACCUGCAUUUGCCUUGCAUUCAGAAAAGAAUUCCAUGGCUGCAUUAGCAUAACAAUGGGAUCUGGAUUUGUAGAUCUUGAAUAAUUGGUUCAUCAGUGAUGAAAUUACUAAUUUAUUUAAGCAUUGAUACAUGAAUAAAGGGAUAGUUAAGAUUUUAAAAUGUUAGGAAAUAUCUCAUCAUGCAAUCAAACUUGAUGAAGGUAAUUGCAGUCAAGCCACUCAAGAGCUGCAGAAGUAUAUUGGCCUAAAGAGUGAUUUGCUAUUUUCUGUAACUUCAGGAUGGACCCUGCCAUUGUUUUAAGUAUCCAAAGUAAAGUACCUUUUUGACUACUUUCUGCAUGCAGUUCUCCCAAGUGUUAACAGUUAUAGUUUUUGCUAUCAAGUUAAGCCAAUGAAACAAGAUCUGAAUUUUUUUAAUUGUAUUUUUUUACUCAAAUUCUGUUCUUCCAAGCAUCGUGCCACUGUGAUGUUCCACUUGAAACUGGCAUGUUGUAUAUCCAAGUAGGCACUUGUGAGACUUGAGUAUGAUGCUUAUAUAAUUGUGAAGAGUAAGAAAAUGACAUCUAACUCAAGUACUAAACAAAUGUUUGGAUAAAAUUUGCAACAUUUUGGUCCCGUAGUAGUUACUUGCUGAUUCUUGCAUUGUUUCUUCUAAGCAAUAUUGUGAUUGAGAAAAUUGGUGUUCAUUUGGGGUUUUGCAAGAGAAAAAAAAAUAACUGGAUUUUUUGAUUGAGGAAUUUACUUAAAACCAACUUUAAAUACCAUACCUUGCUCUGGAAGAGAAUGAGGGAUGGUUACUCUUAAAGUACUGUAAACUUCAGUCUUGCCUGUUUUGGCUAUAUUAAAUAUUGUACACAGAGUAUCAGAUUGUGUACAAUUUUUAAAGGCAUAGUUAAACUUUAAUUGCUGCAAAUUUCAAAUAUUUGAUGUUGUCUUACACAGUAUAUACUAUAGUGGUAUUAACUGUCAUAAACUUAUCUUUUAUGAAUUUGUAUGCAACAUAUGAUCAGUAUUCAGGUCAGUCUUUAUCAGAUGUCUUUAAAAAUUAACUCGCAUGAUAACAUGUAGCUGAGUUCUACACAAUUGAAACGCAUGCUGAUGCGAGAUCUGAAACAAGUUUCUUUGUGGGAAAAACUUUAAAACUACUUGUUGCCAGUACUGUCAGGAAAUCAAAUCCAGGCAGGGCCAGGAUACUGGCCAGUCUUUUCAGACCAAACAGUUUAGGCUUCUGAAGUACAGGUUAUUAUUGGGCAUAUUACACACAUAUUGUGAUAAAUUAAUCCAGGUCCCAUCAAGCCUGUUUUUGAACAGAACUACAGGACUUGUACUCCUCACCAUCCCUACACCAAGUUGUUUUCUCAAACAUGUCACUCCACCUAUUUUAUCGCCAAACUGCCCAAAGAUUUUUAUUUUCUGAUUAUGUCAUACCAUAUAACAUUUACAGCUAAUGAACUAGUUGCUGGGGAAGGCAGGGACGGGGAAUGACCAGCAUGCUACAGGUAUAUUUAUCAUCUUGUCCAUCAAAAUCAUCCUUUGCCUGACACAUUACUACCAAUAUAGCUAACAUAGCUUUGGAAUGAUCUACAGAUUAGUAUAUUAUGGAAGCAACAAAGUAUGAACUGUGUUAUGCUCAAAUGCUUUUUAUGGGCCAGUGUUUCAGUUUUUUAAAGAGCCAAUAACAAUCCUAUUUCUAUAAAAGCACCUUAAACAUUUUUUCCCAUGAGGUUGUCCCUUUAUCCACUUUACUAAGGAGCCAGCCUGAACUUAGGUUAUUACCUCAGUUUGGCUGCCCUCUCUAACUAAAUUAUGUAUACCUACUGUGCAUUGAGUCUUCUUAAAAACAAGUUAUGCCAUUUAAAUCGUCUCAAAAGGGUACUUAUAUAUGUAUAAACACUGUAAAGGGUCCGAUUCCCAAAUAUUUGCUCUAUGGUUUACAACAUAUACUUUAGGUACUUUAUAUUCUGUAUAACCAAUAGUGAAACUGUUGGCAAAUAGAGUAAUUUAAUUGUGUGUGUGUAUGUAUACACGUAGUUUUAAAUUUUAGCUGCCAAAAUCGUUUUAUAUAACCUAUUUGGCUCAAAAGCCUUGUUAUAAUAAAUGUACCCUUUUUACUAAUUUAAAAGUUACCACUGUGUGGUAGCAUUGAAUUACUGCAACAAAGCCAAUAUUUAAACCAAAAUUAAGCCCUAAAACUUUUCAAGGAAAAAAUGUUGAAAUGUUUGAGCUGUCUGUGUUUAAGUAUUUGGGUUUGUGGCCAUAAACAUGUAGUGCUGCUUUCUUUCAGCACAACUGCACUAGGUUAAUGUAAAUUGGUGUAAACUAUUUAGUUUUAAAUGUCAUUGUAUCUGAGUUGCUUGUAAUUGGUCUGUUUUCAAUAGUAAGAUAAUGAAUUUAUGAAAUUGAGAUGCUGUGAAAUAAAACUUGCUUUUGAUACAAUUUAUUUUUUUACAGGUGUAUGCUUUAAGGUUAAAAUGAUCAUUUGUUUUCUCAGACUUUUUUUGGGGGUGGGGUGGGG